AUGGAGGCUUGGGACCGCUUACGUGAUAUCUUCCAAGAUCAUCAAACUUCUCGUGCGGUGACUCUUGAACAAGAAUUCACGACGACUCGUAUGGAGGAUUUUUCCAAUGCCUCCGCCUAUUGUCAACGUCUCAAGAGCCUUGCCGAUCAACUGAAAAACGUUGGGGCUCCCGUGACGAAUAGCCGCCUUGUCUUUCAACUGGUCUCGGGUCUCACUGAUGCAUACAAAGGGGUUGGGACACAAAUGCGCCAUGCAAAGCCGCUCCUACCAUUCACUGAGGCUCCGUCUUCUCUUGUUUUGGAAGAACGUGUACUUGCGGCUAUGGUAUCUCACGGUCCGCCGGCCGGUGGCCCUCGGUCGACGACGCGCCACUCCCCUGGAUAA